CAAAGCCCCAAGACACCUUUCUCCGACCUGGCUGAUGAUGAGAAGAUCUUCGGCGGUGAAGACGGCUCACAGCUGGAAGAGAGCCAGGAAAAUGCCCUGCUGUCCGAGAUCACAGAAGAGGACCUAGAAGUGAUCCGUCAACGGGAAGAAGCUCUCCAGCAGAUUGAGAGUGAUAUGUUGGAUGUCAACCAGAUCAUUAAAGACCUGGCAUCGAUGGUAUAUGAGCAGGGAGACGCAAUAGAUAGCAUUGAAGCGAAUAUUGAGACAGCCACCGUGAACGUCGACUCCGCCAACGAGCAUUUGGCAAAAGCCAGUCAGCAUCAACGGCGAGCAAGGAGAGUGAAAUGUUGUGUUAUCUCCGCCGGGCUGGUCGUUCUUCUGAUCUUCAUCAUCGUCCUCUCCGUUUCCAUCAAGAAAUAAACCCAGCUGGUCUUCACAGAUGCUUCUCAGACAGGUGAGGAACACAGUCCAGAAGAUGGAAGAAAGAAAGAAAGGAAGGAAGACAUUUCAGACUGGAGCAGGUUUCGGAGCUGACGUGUGGGACAAUAUUCUUUUGGUGCCCUUUUUUUUUUUUUUUGGACAUAUAUGGUUACCUCUGCAAGAACACAUCCCUAAUAAACAUUCAAGAGCUUCAGAGAGCAAAUAAAGUAAUCUUCAGCAAAGGAAACAUGGAACGCUGUCAUUUGUGUAGCGAAUAUCCCUCAUUUUACAGGAGCCUGGAAAUGCAUUUAUAAAAUCCCCCCUGGAAUUAUUUUAGGAAAUGGAACCUCGUUUGCACUGAUGGGAAGCAAACAUUCCCCAUCUCGGCAAUCGGUUUUUAAAAUCAUCAAAUUUUAAAACCGGCACCUCCAAGUUAGCUUACUUUAGUACAUGAUUGUUAUCUCUAGCUACCAGCUGAGUCUUAUUUGCUUGAUUUCGUUGUUUGAACCACCCAGCAUUAGCUUUUUGCUUAAAAGAUAAAUCAGAGGCAGCAAAAUAAUAAAACCCAAUUUUGUUUCUGUUGUCUUGCAGAUUUCCUUUUGUGUAAGCAUCCUUCCUCAAAGCCCACUUUUUUAGCCAUUCAUGAAAUGGUCAAUUCGUCCUUUUAUAUCAUUCUGAAUGUUUCAUCAAAGGAAGGAA